GAGCAUUCAGAGGAAGGCAGUGCACUGCGCCUUUUCGCUCCAUCACAAAACAAUACACAGGAAGUUGUGUUUGUCACUGGACCAAUCAACUGUGAGGUUACUACAAGCUGUGGGUCUGUAGAAACAGCAGUCUUCUCUUUUAUGACAUAAUCGUGUGUUAAUCUACUAGAGUCGUUUUUGUUAAAAUUAACUUUAUAGAACCAACAAUCUUCUAACAUAACUGAGGUAAAGCAAGAGCACGGAAGCUAGAAAAGCCGCUGUUAGCAAACGCUGCUUAGCUGAGUUAGCUUAGAGGACAUGAAAACCCGGUAGCUUACAGGAGCAGUUAUUUUAAAGAAGCGACUUUUAGGGUGUGAAGAUAUGUUAAUCAGAAACUAAACGUAUUUGUGCUGACAUAUAGUGUUAAAUAAGCCUAUCGGAUUACGAGCCCGAUGUCUUUAUAUAUCGGAUUUCCUCAUUACGCUGCGUGAAUUUAGGCUAGCAGGAUAAGGUUAGCUUAGCUGCUACAUAAACGACAACAUCCAGCAAACUGGACAAAACAUUGGAUUUAGUGGGCUUUAAAUCGGGAUCGGCGGGUUCGCUGACCCCUCAGAAGAAAAUGAAGAAGAGGAAGGAACUGAAUGCCUUGAUCGGACUCGGAGACAGUAAGCGAAAGAAGACUAAGAAGGGGUCAGGGCACCGACUUCUUCGAACAGAACCACCGGGCUCGGAGUCAGAAUCGAGCUCGGAGGAUGAUGACUUUAACAACUUGAACGGUGGAACUAACUUUGGAAAAAGAAGCUACUCACAGUGCUGCAACGUGUGCUACCCAUUGUUUUUGUUCAUCAUACUAGCUGCCUGUGUCAUGGCUUGUGCUGGACUCAUAUGGAUGCAAAUUGCACUGAAGGAAGAUUUAGACUCACUGAAGGAAAAGCUGCAUAGCAUGGAAUCCAGCCAGAAGGUGUCAUCGAGUGAAAUACCCAAAAUGAGCGAGGAUCUGAAAAACAAAGAGAAAAAACUUGAAGACAUUGAAAACGGGGACAAGGGAUUGAGUAAACUCUGGUCUAACCUCACAGAAAUGAAUCGCAAGAUCACAUCUCUGGAUUCAGCUGUUAACCAUUUGACAACCAGUCUGAAAUCCUCUCCUGGUUUAAUUGGCCUUCCGACCACUGUUGAAGAGCUUCAGAAGAGUGUCGCCACGAUUGGCAGCACGCUCACAAGUGUACAGCAUGACGUGGAAACAAUGAAGGCUUCUCUUGAAAAUCAGAAGAAAGACGAUGAAUCAAAGAAGACGAUGGACAUCACAGACCUAAAAAGAGCCAUGGGUGAAGUCAAUAAGACCGAGGAGCAGCACCAUAUGUGGACUGAUGAGCAGAUCCACAUUCUUCUGUCUACUGUUGCAGACCUCCAUCAAAGAGUGGCCUCAUUAGAGAACGGGUCAAAGCACAGCUUGCAGUAUAAUGACACAGUAGCUUCACCGGCUGUUGGCAGUAAAGAGUCUGAAACUAAGACGGUGACAGAAACAACAACACUGAAAGAAACACCUCAGGAUUUGGAAGACAUGUCCACACCACUGACACUGCCUCAGACCAGCAGACGUCCUCGUUUCUUGACUCCAAGGCGAUCCAGGAGGAAUGCUGGAACAAAAUGUCCAGGGAGGGUGUUGCUGCCUGGUGUCGCUUCUCUGACAGACCUUGAAGGCGUCUACCAGAGAGCCGGAGUCGGACGCGACUCCCUCGGACUGACUCACCAAGACCUGAAGAUGCUGUUCGGGACGUCGACUCCCAGCGAACGUGCGCUGGCGUGCUUUGAUGACGGAGACCGGAGGUACUCCCUCGUGGAGCUGAGAGCUGCUGUGGGUUUGUGAGCGCGGCGUCACUGAGAGCAGAGAACAGUGUUGAGCACCCAGCAGGGUCUGGGAGCGGGUCUGGGAUUCCCAACCCCUUACCUGUAGUUGCUGCACCUUCUGUGAACUGAGUAUUUAUCAUUUUGAUGGUGGUAAAAGUGGCACUGGUAUGCCGUCCUCUCACACCUCUCCCCCAGCCCCACUCAAGUGUAUUGUUGGCAAAAACAAAUGAUUUCUUAAAUUUUAGCAGUUAUCCAAACAGGCAUCUGUUUGUAAAAUUGGAUCUUAUUUUAACCAGUUCCGUUCCUGGAAUCAUGUUUAUAGACCUUGAAUAAGUCCCGUUUUCCACCCUAGGGCUUCAACUUGAAGUGUUUCUGUACCUAAUUGUUUUUUUUGUUUGUUUUUUUAUUUCAUUCUGUCUCGUCCUGGUGUAAUGAUUAUUGUUUAAGGUAUUUUAGGCUGCACCUACCAGCUAUCUCAGAUGUUCCCACGUGUGUACACAAACACCUGGUACAGCUCAGCUAAAGCUUGUUUGUAGGAUGUGGAGAAGGACUUUUUUAUGAAUGUUUACAAAUGACUACUAGAUAUGGCUUUUUUGAGGUUUUCUUUGUGUUUUUAGACAGUUUCCUAACUUAUCUCAGACACAAUCAAGUAUACGAACAGUCAAAACUUUUGUAUGCUCUUUUCUAAGCUAAAACUAAAGUUUGAAGUGCUUUCCUCCGCCUUUAGAGUUGUGAUCACGUACUUAGUCAGUCUGUGCAUUUAUCUGUAGUUUUGUUGCAUAUUGUUUUUGUUUUUCUCAUUUCUUGACGUUUCGCAGAUUUGAAGGGCUACGAACUCUUUCCAAGAAUUUUUAAGGGGUUAUUUAUGAGGCAUAUGUAGCAAUAAGUGAAGUACUGCAGUGGAAUGAAGGCAGACCGAGCUCACAAUAUGUAACGGGUAGUGUGAGAAACACUGACCAUCACUAUUUACUUGAUACAUUUUAUUGCAUUAUAAAGGACCUAAUUAUGUGUGUAUUAAUAAAAUGACCAUAUUCAGACUUGUUAUAUUGUCAGAGGGGUUGGGUUGUUUAAAAUUUAAUCACAGAGAUACUCGACGAGGCUUUUUUUUUUGUCGAUACCGAUUUGUUGUUCUACUUAACUUCUGACCUAUUGGUUCAAUAAAAUAUGCUAAAGUUUAAUUGACAGAAUUAAUAGUUUAAAAUCCAUCAGAUAAUUGAUUAAUUGGGUCACAAUAAAGAUACAUCUCAACAAAUUAAAAUGUCUUUGAAAUUUUUAUUUACUCCAGUAAAUAAAGUCAAAAUCCGAUUCAUUGCAUAUAGAGACAAAUUGUUUGAUAAUUGUAGCUGACGGCAAAGGAAAACUCAAAAUGUACUUUCUCAGAUACUAAUUUUGUGUUUCAAAUAGGCUAUAAGACCAAUAA